AUGGCUGUUUGGACAGAUUCACCACAUCCUGACGUCUCGACUGUAGACGUGGAAAACUUUGAUUAUGAAAAGUACAACUUUCCCGAGCUUAUAGUCAAGCUGGAAGACAAUGUACUGAUCAUCACACUCAAUCGUCCUAAAAACUACAAUGCAUUCAAUGCACCGAUGUGCUCUUCCAUCGUUUUUGCAUUUGAAUUGGCAGAUGCUGAUCCAAGAGUUCGGGCUGUUGUAUUGACGGGUGCAGGUGAUAAAGCUUUCUGUGCAGGAGCAGACCUGAGUGCCGGAAAAGGUGCCAAAGGUGAUGCUUCUGGCUUUGGUGCAGGUCCCGGUGUGCCCACACUCAAUCAUCGUGAUGGAGGUGGAAUGGCUUCAGGUUCUAUUUUGCGAUGCAGGAAGCUUGUUAUCGUUGCAAUGAAUGGAAGUGCGGUCGGUGUUGGUUUGACAAUGGUGCUCCCAGCAGAUAUUCGAAUCGUAUCUGAAACAGCAAAGAUCGCUUUGCCAUUCACAAAGCGUGGUAUCACUUUGGAAGCAAUGUCAGCAUACUUCUUGCCUCGCUUGGUCGGUCAUUCAAAUGCAUUGCAAAUUGCCAUGACUGGGGAUACAUACUUACCAACAGCAGAUUGCAUGCGUGGAUUAUUCGCAGCAAUCUUGCCACAAAAAGAAGUCUUCCCACAUGCACUUCAACUGGCAAAACGAUUAGCAGCUCAAAAUAGUGUUCUUUCGAUGGCUUUGAACAAAGCUCUCCUUUGGCGAACACCUGAAUCUCCCGAGGCGACACAUUUGGUCGAUAGCGCUUGUAUUGCCGGCUUAUCUCAUGCUUCUGAUGCCACGGAGGGUGUAAGAAGCUUUUUGGAGAAGCGACCUCCUCAGUUCAAGGGUAGGGUGGAAGAGUUGGAGCAGUUGGGCUUCUAUCCUUGGUGGACACAGGUUGAUGUCUCAGGAAGGGGCAGUACAAAGAUCGUUAGAAGGAACGCGAAGCUUUGA